UUUUCUCGAUUUCAGGGUUAUGACAGAAUAGAAGGGAGUGGGCGUAUUCCUUGAAUUGCAUUUCGAAAAAGCUACGGACUGUUUAACGAAAAGAUAAUCCUUGUCGUUAUUUCUCUGGAACAAAUCUGGAUGCGCCACUUGUUAUGCUUACGACCAAUAGGAUUUAACUAAAUAGUUUACGUUUAAACUUUAACACUAAGGUAGCUGGCUGCAGUUCAUACAUACAGUUUAUGGUCUGGUCUUGUUUAUUAGCCGACGCUCUCAGAAGUUCAACGAAUGCCAUGCGGAUUCCCAUCGAAAAGUAUUGUUUUACAGAGGGAAAUCAGAGAGUGGCGCCUCUGACACUGGAAGUAAAGUAUCUCUCUGUGUAAUACUUAUAUGGUAUUUUUCAUUUCAAUCUACUUCAUGGAGGAAUGUGCAUGCUCUGUUCCAUAAUCAAUUGAUGUGUGGACCUCCGGGGGCUGGCAGAGAACCUGGAUGACUGGAGAGUUGGCACUACGCUGAGCCUCGCAGUACAGUAAACCCAGACUCAUGCUUUUCUUUAUAGACUUUCACCUGAACAACGUUUUGGAUGCAUAUUUCAACAAUGUUGCGACUGGCCUGUAAACAAAUAAAGCGGGCGUGCGGUAGGCCCAAUUUAUGUUUCCGAAGACUCAAGAAGUCCUGGAUACAUUGAAUACGAUUUUUGUCAAAGGAAUAACCAGCGCCAGGUGCAUGUUCACAAAAUAACUGUUCCGGCACCCGAAUUGUUGCACUCUUUUGUUUCAAGUUUGUUAUAGUAGGCCUAGAUGGAGUUUUGGCUGACUCAUUUUAGUCUUGCCAUUUUAUUAUUUUUAGGCUUAAUUACUAUCAGCAAAAUAAUACAUAUUUUAAAUUUGUGACUCGGUGUUAAAAUGGUUGAAAAUCGGUGUUCCGUUCAAAGGGAAGGGGUCUACCACUGGUUCUCAAUAUUGAACUCGGCCCAGAGAGCUGAGUUCCUUUGUGGGCUUUUGGACCUCUGUGUUCCAAUCGAACUCCGCUUCCUCGGGUCAUGCUUGGAAGACUUAGCCCGCAAGGACUAUCACUCCCUCAGGGACGCCGAGAUCAAAGCCAACAACCCUGCUGACCUCUCGAACCUUACCAACAUCACCGACGACGUCGUGAGGAGCAAGCUGCUCAUCUCCCUCGCACUUCUCAACUCGGACAACCGAGAUGCGGCGGGUGUUCUCUUCCGAACGCUCACGCACAUCGACAGCGUCAUCAACAACUAUGGCCUGCAGCUCAACGAUGGACGAACGGGGGAGCAGUUCCUUCUCCUCUUCACCAUGGCAUCCAAUCAUCCGGCGUUCAGCUUUCACCAGAAACAGGUGCUAAGACAGGAGCUGACCCAGAUCCAAGAGAUCCUGCAGGUCACCUGUGGAGAGCAGCAGCCCGGGACUGGCGCGCUGGCCACCCUGUCUCCCGCCACGAGCAUCCCUACCUACAUCACUGCGCCCACCCUCAACUCCAGUCAGACUGGGUGUCCAUGUUGUCAUAAGACACUGCACCAAGAGGACGGGGCAGAGCGAGUGGACGAGGGGAUUGGUCCAGAACCCAUGCCUCACAUGACAUCUCUCUCAUGCAAGGAGCUGCCAGUCAAGGUGCAUGUUGGGAAACAGAGCAAAGUGAACAUAGAGAGGAUAGAGCUGAGUGGAGUGACUCACAAGGGGGAGAAACCAAGUGAAUAUAUGCUAGAGGUCACAUGGUCAGACUCCUCUGUUUCCACUGUGAGCAGGACUCACCAGGAGGUGCUGAACUUUCUCUCCCAGGUCUCCCAGCUUUUCCCUGAUGAAGGUCGAGAGAAGUUCCUGCUUCAGUCCCUUGGCCUUGAUCAGACCUCUGAGCUGGACCCCAGGUGCCUGACAGUGCUUCCAGCCCACAUUCUCAAACACUACCAAGCCGAACUCUUCUUCAGCACUGCCUCCAUCGCCCUCUCUCCCCCCCCCACUGCAAGUAAGACUCCUGUCCUAACCCUACUCUGUUUUCAUGGGACGUAUAUGUCCCCCUCUCUGUCUUGGGUGCUUGUUUCAAUACAGAGGAGCCAACAGGGCUUUAUGUGGUGUAGCCAGUAUCCAGACAGUCAUGAGCGUUCACAACUCCAUUCAGACUCACUCUCCUACCCAGCUGCCCCCCCAGGGCACUAUGCCCAUCCUUCCUUCUGGUGGGGUGGGGGUAGCAGGGGGGGGGAUAAUGCACUCCCUCCCGGCCACCUCCAGAACCCUGGUCCUCCACUGCAGAGCAGCCCAGAACAGAAUGGCAUCCUGGACUGGCUGAGGAAACUCCGCCUGCACAAGUACUACCCAGUGUUCAAGCAGUUGACCAUGGAGGAGUUCCUUGGACUCACAGAGGAGGAUCUGAACAAGUAUGACCUCACCCAGGGAGCCAAGAAGAAGCUGAAGACGCAGCUGGAACUGCAGAAGGAGAAGAUGGAGAAGAGGUAUAUGUUGUCCCAGUUCCCUGUGUCGUGCAGUGGCAUCGCCAGGGUUACUCCAUCCAGCCACAUAGGCCCAGUGGCACACGUCUACUCAAGUAGCAACACAGAGCUGUGUGUGGAGGUAGAGACAGGUGUGCACCCUCUCACCCGGGACAGCAGCUCCUCUUCAGGGUAUUCCAGCGCCCCCUCCAGCCCCAUGACCCCUCACUCUCUGUCUUUGUCCCGGGAAGGGGCCUUCAACAGGGCCAAGGAGCCACACAGACGGAUGGAGUCAGGACUAGAACUAGGAGAUAAGGACAGGACUUACGUUCUCCUAAACCCCACCGUUACAACAGGACCUAGUCGGCCCACUGCUCAGGUUCUGCCCGUGCAGAAUGAUCUUACUCCCUGCCCCUCCCACAUGAGCCUCCCUCCUCCCUCCCUAAGCCUACAGUCACAAGGACGCAUCCUGGGUUCCCCCUGUAAGCCCCGGCUACCUCCCUUCUGCCCUGAUGAGCGGGCCAAGCCCCUGGGUUCAGGUGUGGCUCUUGGGGUGCGACUGGAGAGAGUGUUCCCUGGCCUGAGUGUGGACAGUAUGGGGUCCCCUCCCCUUCGCCAGGACUCUGCUGGGCCCCGGGGCCCCUCUGGGGUCACUGUGCUGCGCUCCCCUCCAGUCUUGAUGGUGGACACCAGCUCCGCCCUCACCACAACCUCCAACACCCUGCACCACGUCUCACACCCCCCUCUACACCUGCAGGUGUCCCCCUCUCUACGGCAUACUGCACACUACCCUUACCCCUACUCUUCGGCCUCCUCCUCUUCCUCCUCAUCUCCUGCCUCCAAGUUAGCUUUUCCGUCUGUGGGUGGCGUUCACAUGGGAACUGCGAGCAGUGUUCCCAUGGCAGCAGUGCCAGGCAACACCUACUGUGUGAACAGUAGGUCCGCUGUCCAACCCAGCUCCAGUCCCACCUCCAUGGACACCAGCAGCUACGCUGUCACUUCUGGCUCCACCCCUAACUCCUCUGUCUGCGUCUGCAGCUCUUGUGGCUGCAGUGGGAACUGUGGCUCCUACGGGGCCCUCCCGGCCAGCUAUGCAGGGUACUUCCAGCACCCCUUCUCAGGGGCAUCAGUGUUCCCCCUGGGGCCCCUGCUUCACCUCAGCCCCCUGCUGACUGGGAGCAGCACUGCCACCCCCUUCCCCUACCCCCUGGUGGCACCGCCCCUCUACAACAGCAGUGUGUCUCACAGCCACGACACCCAGGGGCAGCAGGGGCUUAUCCUGCCCCCCAUGCAGGGCUUCCUGGGGGCCGGUGCCAACGUGCACAAGCCUCAUGGGGGGGUGGGGAACGGAGGGCAUAGGAAGCCAGGGAGCUUGUCCUGCUACAACUGUGGGGUCACCGGCCAUCGGGCACAGGAAUGCAAGCAGCCACCCAUGGACGCUGCUCAGCAAGGCACGUUCCGGCUGAAGUAUGCUCCCAAAUCAGACAGCCAGGACUCUGGGGACUAAGAACAAGGAACUCCUGUGACCCCUGUGCACAUCAGCACCUUAUGAUCCUCCUGGUGGAGGAGUCCCUUUCAUUUAGGUAACUCUUUGACUCUUUGAACACACUUUGAUGAUUGGAGAAUGAAUGGUGGCCUGAGGCCACUUAACUCGACUGAUGAAAGUCGAAGCAUGGAGUCAGUUUGGAAGGAGAUAUUAACCCCAGUCCAUCUGUACCAUAUGAUUUUGAUCAUACCAAAUACAAGAGAUGGUCAGGUCUAAACCCUGAGGCCGAGGGUAUACAGUGUUUUUGAAUGGGAAAUGAUUUAGCUGUACAAAAUCCACAGUUGAAAAUAUGAUGCAAUACUUCUCACACUACUUGGUACCCACCUCAGCCUCACUCAGUCAAUCGGUCAAACUCCACAGACCUACACCUUUCAUAACAGCUCAUGCGGUAUGCAAAGAUGUCCUCUUAAGUCGCUCUGGAGAUGAGUUGGAUGUAUCUGAGAGGAUGCUGAUGUGUGAAUGUAAAGACUUACAGUGUAAUAUGACUGCCAAAUAACGCACAUUGACUGACUGACUACCAAAUCCUUCUCCUCUGGGACAGAGCAGGUCUGUGAGAAACACAGAGGAAGAGAAGCGAGUGCUUUAUUCUUCACAUCAUUCACUGUGGGUACUUUGCCCUAUACAGUGCAGGUAUUAAUGGUGAAAGAAAUGGUGUGAGCAUUCUUAGUUUCGAUUUUAAGAUGUGCCAUUGAUAUUUGUGUUGUUUAACCAUUUAGAAGUUGGAGCAGUCUAAUUUUAUAAUCGUUGUCGAAAUGUGUGUAGGUUUUAGUUAUAUGUAUAAGGUUAUGUAUGUUUGAUUUUAUAACAGUUGGAUUUGAUGUGGUGAGGUGGUCUAUGUAAGAGGAUCCUUUUUGAAAAAGAUUUGAUAUUGAAUGUCAGAGAAUGUGUCCUUGAGUUGCCACCAUGGUGUGGCAUGUGAAAGCACUUUUAUGAGAUCGGCUGGUCCCAGUCCAUUGGAUGCGAGUGUGACAUGAGGACCGUAGUCCUCAAGGAUGGACAAGUUAUUAUCGUUUUUUUGUGUUGCACUGGAAUGUUCCUAGCCAGGUCUGGAGGACACAAUUCAGUCAUAAGGGACAUUUUGUCGAAAAUUAUGUUUAUGAAAUUUCUCGGGGCCAUGACUGAAUUCAAACUGAUUUGGUUUUGGGGUGUGGUUUGAUGUGGGUGUCUUUUGUGUGUGUUCGCAGGUGGGAAGAGUUAGCCAAAUUAUUUCGCCAAUUUGCUUCAGCCAGCUUGUCCACAACCUCUGCAAAGUUGAUUUUACUUUAGAUAGCCUAUCUUCUGGGCUAGUUAGGGACCGUCAAUAACUGACACAAUAUAAAUUAGACAAUAUUUUCACAUUGCAGAACUUUUCAUUUUCAUUAAAUGCUUUCAAUAUUUGCAUAUGAAUUUCUACAAUUUAUAGUUGGUUUGAUGUUUUAAUUCAUUGAAAUGUGGAGCUAUUGAAUUCUUACAUAUUGUCCCUUGUAUAUUGUGUAAUUUACAGAUGGUCCAUAACUAGCCCCAUAGGGAUAUCCAAAGUCAACCCAAAUUUACCACAGGCAUUACGAUUGUGUUGCGUGCAGCUCCACUCUGAAUUGAUGAUUAUUUGCAUGCAGUCAGCUGUGGGCACAUGGGCAGGAUUUAAACAAACCCAACCUUCAUUUACAACGUGAUGCAGUCACGACCACAACACUUACAAAACUCUGUUUUAGACGAGGCUGACUUUAUGACCAAAAUUAUCCUAUUUACACUUCGUAGUCAAUUUUGACAGUAUAAUAAAUAUUUCUGACUCAUUCUGAUGUCACAUAUGCUGUUUUCUAAAUGAUACGUUUUUUUUUAGGGGCUGUUGCUCUUUAAGACUGACAAAAUCAGGAUCAGGUUGAAACAGGAAACAGAUUUACAGUAGUUCUAUUCUGCUGGAUGUGAUCUGGUCUGAGGACCAAAGAUCAAGGAAUUGUAAGGCCCAAUCAAGGAUCGUAUCUAACCACCUGUAGAGUAUUGCAUGCUGGGGAAUGUUGUAUUUUUAAAAAGUGUCAAAGCUUUGUGGUCAAACCUUUUCACCACAUCUGUACUGUCUAGUUCUCAUGGGAGUAAUAGAGUUUACAGUGAGAACAUUAGUGUAACAGUACGCCACAUACAGAACUAGCAUAUUGUUUUAUAUAUAUAUAUUUUUGUUACAUUGUGCCUAAUGAAUACACCCUGGUUCACGCUGCAAACAUUGUGUAAACCAACUGUUUUCAUUAUCAUUCAAAUGAAAAAGAGUGAUAUGAUUGACUAUUGGAAAUCAUGUUUGUGCACUAAGCUGUUUAUCCUGGAUGCCUUAGCCACCCUGCAUGGUACAAAUAUUUUUCUAAAGAAAAUGUAUGGACAUAAAAUGUCACCAUAUUUUUUUUUUUUUAUUCUGGAACUGGUUCACCUUACUUGGUUCCAAUGAGGUUGUUGUCAAACAUACAUGACACCCCCCUGUCCAAAAGACAAAUCUAAUUAGCUGGUAUUAUUUGAAUGUAACAUAGCUAUCUUCUUAGUCAAUAGCUAUGCAUGUUGCUUGAUCUCAAGUAAACAUUUUGUGCAUUAAAAAAGGAGUUUAAAACAUUUGGUAUUAUUUUGAAGCAGAUUUGAGCAAAUCACUUCAUUUUUAUGUACAAUUUUUGUAUUGUAUGGUGUAGUGUGUUUAAGAAUUGUUUGUUUUAUAUACUGCCUCAAACAUUGUAAAAGACAUUAAAAUGUUUUCGGUUUC